CUCCAGGGAGUCCUGUCUCGGAAGCUGUCGGUCCCCGGGGCCUUCACAGGACACUGGACGGGGGCGAGGCCCGCCAUGCCUGGCCUGCUGCUGCUGUUCACCGCAGCUGCUCUGCUCUCCAGCUGGGCGCAGCUCUUCGCGGAAGCCAACUCGUGGUGGUCACUGGCUAUGAACCCGGUGCAGAGACCCGAGAUGUUCAUCAUCGGAGCUCAGCCUGUGUGUAGUCAGCUUCCUGGACUCUCCCCUGGCCAGAGAAAGCUGUGCCAGUUGUACCAGGAGCACAUGGCCUACAUAGGGGAAGGGGCCAAGACGGGCAUCAAGGAGUGCCAGUACCAGUUCCGGCAGAGGCGCUGGAACUGCAGCACCGUGGACAACACGUCAGUCUUUGGGAGAGUAAUGCAAAUAGGUAGCCGGGAGACUGCCUUCACCUAUGCAGUGAGUGCUGCGGGCGUGGUCAACGCCAUCAGCCGGGCCUGCCGCGAGGGGGAGCUUUCCACAUGUGGCUGCAGCCGGACAGCACGUCCCAAGGACCUCCCCAGGGACUGGCUGUGGGGUGGCUGUGGGGACAAUGUGGAAUACGGCUACCGCUUUGCUAAGGAAUUUGUGGAUGCCCGGGAGCGGGAGAAGAACUUUGCCAAGGGAUCAGAGGAGCAGGGACGCGUGCUCAUGAACCUGCAGAACAACGAGGCGGGCCGCAGGGCUGUGUAUAAGAUGGCAGAUGUAGCCUGCAAAUGCCACGGCGUGUCAGGGUCCUGCAGCCUCAAGACCUGCUGGCUCCAGCUGGCCGAGUUCCGCAAGGUGGGGGACCAGCUGAAGGAGAAGUACGACAGCGCGGCGGCCAUGCGCAUCACCCGCAAGGGCAAGCUGGAGCUGGUCAACAGCCGCUUCAACCAGCCCACCCCGGAGGACCUGGUCUACGUGGACCCCAGCCCCGACUACUGCCUGCGCAAUGAGACCACCGGCUCGCUGGGCACGCAGGGCCGCCUGUGCAAUAAGACCUCGGAGGGCAUGGACGGCUGUGAGCUCAUGUGCUGCGGCCGGGGCUACGACCAGUUCAAGAAGGUCCAGGUGGAGCGCUGCCACUGCAAGUUCCACUGGUGCUGCUUCGUCAAGUGCAAAAAGUGCACGGAGAUCGUCGACCAGUACGUCUGCAAAUAGCCUGGGAGGCCCUCCCUCAGCUUCCCUCUCUGCCCCUCGGUCUCACAGAAGUCUAUAUUAUAUAAAUCUAUAUAAAGAUAUUUUAUAUUUGUAUAAAUAGAUGGAUGGUAAAUAAUUAAAAGAUGAAAACGGAAAGGAAAAAGCUUAUUUAAGAGACGCUGGAGAUCUCUGAGGACUGGACUUGGCUGGUCCUCCACUCCCAGUGGGCGGGAGGAAGGGCCUCUUUCUCUCCGUCUGGUGGACACGCUCAGGUUUGUAGGGUCUUGAAAGUGUUUC